GGUGACUCAGUCAGUGUUCGCGGGAGCGCCGCACCUACACCGGCCAACCCAGAUCCCGACGUCGGACUGCGCCCGGCCCAGCUCUCUGCGCUCGCCAGAGCCAGCGGUCUGCGCGCUCCGCCCCCGAGCAGUCUCUGCCUUCCGUUCAAGCCCAGCGCCCUUCCCGGGACCCCUGCCCUUCGGGCAGUGCUGCCACCCUGCCGGCCAUGGAGACCCCGUCCCAGCGGCGCGCCACCCGCAGCGGGGCGCAGGCCACCUCUACUCCGUUGUCACCCACCCGCAUCACCAGGCUUCAGGAGAAGGAGGACCUGCAAGAGCUCAAUGACCGGCUGGCCGUCUAUAUCGACCGCGUGCGCUCGCUGGAGACGGAGAAUGCAGGGCUGCGCCUUCGCAUCACCGAGUCGGAAGAGGUGGUCAGCCGUGAGGUCUCUGGCAUCAAGGCCGCCUACGAGGCCGAGCUGGGGGAUGCCCGCAAGACCCUUGACUCAGUGGCCAAGGAGCGCGCCCGCCUGCAGCUGGAGCUGGGCAAAGUGCGCGAGGAGUUUAAGGAGCUCAAGGCUCGCAAUACAAAAAAAGAGGGUGACUUGAUGGCUGCCCAGGCCCGGCUCAAGGACCUGGAAGCACUGCUCAACUCCAAGGAGGCUGCACUAAGCACUGCUCUCAGUGAGAAGCGCACCCUGGAGAGUGAGCUGCACGACCUUCGGGGGCAGGUUGCCAAGCUUGAGGCAGCCUUGGGUGAGGCCAAGAAGCAACUUCAGGAUGAGAUGCUGCGGCGGGUGGAUGCUGAGAACAGGCUGCAGACCCUGAAGGAAGAACUGGAUUUCCAGAAGAACAUCUAUAGCGAGGAACUGCGUGAGACCAAGCGCCGCCAUGAGACACGGCUGGUGGAGAUUGAUAAUGGGAAACAACGAGAAUUUGAGAGCCGUCUGGCUGAUGCCCUGCAGGAGCUGCGGGCCCAGCACGAGGACCAGGUGGAGCAGUACAAGAAGGAGCUGGAGAAGACGUAUUCUGCUAAGCUGGAUAAUGCCAGGCAGUCUGCUGAGAGGAACAGCAACUUGGUGGGGGCUGCACAUGAGGAGCUACAGCAGUCUCGGAUCCGCAUUGACAGCCUGUCAGCCCAGCUCAGCCAGCUGCAGAAGCAGCUGGCUGCCAAGGAGGCAAAGCUUCGGGAUCUGGAGGAUUCACUGGCCCGUGAGCGGGACACCAGCCGGCGGCUGCUGGCAGAUAAGGAGCGGGAGAUGGCAGACAUGCGAGCGAGGAUGCAGCAGCAGCUGGAUGAGUACCAGGAGCUGCUGGACAUCAAAUUGGCUCUGGACAUGGAGAUCCAUGCCUACCGCAAGCUCCUGGAGGGCGAGGAGGAGAGGCUCCGCCUGUCCCCUAGCCCCACCUCGCAGCAGCGUAGCCGAGGCCGCACCUCUUCCCACUCAUCCCAGACGCAUGGCUCAGGGGGCAGCAUCACCAAAAAGCGCAAGCUGGAGGCCACUGAGAGCCGCAGCAGCUUCUCUCAGCAUGCUCGCACCAGUGGGCGUGUGGCUGUGGAGGAAGUGGAUGAGGAGGGCAAGUUUGUGCGGCUGCGCAACAAGUCCAACGAGGACCAGUCCAUGGGCAACUGGCAGAUCAAGCGCCAGAAUGGAGAUGACCCCUUGCUGACCUAUCGCUUCCCACCUAAGUUUACCCUGAAGGCUGGGCAGGUUGUGACGAUCUGGGCUUCAGGAGCUGGGGCUACCCACAGCCCCCCUACCGACCUGGUGUGGAAGGCCCAGAACACCUGGGGCUGUGGUAACAGCUUGCGCACGGCUCUCAUCAACUCCACUGGCGAGGAGGUGGCCAUGCGCAAGCUGGUGCGCUCAGUGACUGUAGUGGAGGACGACGAGGAUGAGGAUGGAGAUGACCUGCUCCAUCACCACCACGGCUCUCACUGCAGCAGCUCGGGGGACCCCGCUGAGUACAACCUGCGCUCACGCACCGUGCUGUGCGGGACAUGCGGGCAGCCGGCCGACAAGGCAUCUGCCAGCAGCUCGGCAGCCCAGCUGGGCGGAUCCAUCUCCUCCGGCUCUUCUGCCUCCAGUGUCACAGUCACUCGCAGCUACCGCAGUGUGGGGGGCAGUGGGGGUGGCAGCUUCGGGGACAACCUAGUCACCCGCUCCUACCUCCUGGGCAACUCCCGUGCUCGAACCCAGAGCCCCCAGAACUGCAGCAUCAUGUAAUGUGGGACCUGCCAGGCAGGGGUGAGGGUGGAGGCUGUCUGCUUCCUCUUCACCUCAUGCCUACCCCUUGCCCUGCACCUGAUGGGAGCAGGCUUGAAGCCAAAGAGAAAUACCCACUUUGGUUUUUUUGUUUUCAUUUUUGUCUUUUUCUGUAUUUUUUUCUAAGAGAAGUUAUUUUCUACAGUGGUUUUAUACUGAAGGAAAAACAUAAGCAAAAACAAAAAAAGUCUCCAGCUCAAUCCUAAUUCCCCCGCCCUUCCUUUCCCUGCUUCCAGGAAACUCUAUAUCUGCCUUAAAUAUCAAAGAGGGCUUCCUCUAGGAGCUAAGGGGAAGGGCUGUUUUCACAGACUUACUAGUGUCUUCUUUGCUAUCCUGGCUGUUCCCUCACCCCGGGGACCCCAUGACAUGGUGCCUGAGAGGCAGGCAUGGAAUCUUCAGCUGCCAGGCCAGCUUGAGAGAGGGGAGUGCCAAGCUAGGCCCCCCCACGGGUUCCACUAAGUGGGCUGAGGCUUCAGUGCCUGCCCUGCCUCCAUUCCCCCCUCACCCCCAUCCUAGCCCUGGGGUGAGUCCCUUCUCCCAGGUUCCAGCUGUGCUUGCUUUUGUAUAUUUCCCUUAGACAAGAGAUGGGAAUGAGGUGCAAGGUGGAAGAAGAGGGGAGGCAGAUCCUUUGAGCCUGCCUUCUCCCAGCUUCAGAGCCUGGCUGCGUUCUGUCUAGUCACUGGAGGUCAGGGUCAAGUGGGGUGCAAAGAGGAGGGAGAGGGGGACUCUGGAAAGGAUAAGAGCCAAAUAAAGGAGGAAGGCGAGGUGGUAGAGUGUGGUCAUACUUACUGGCAAACACUAAGGUGCCCCUUGCCACCCUGCUUCCCAUCUUGCACCCCUUCCCUCCCCCCGAAUCAAUACACUAGUUGUUUCUA